AUGGAGGCGGCUGAGGCGGCAGCCCGGCAGGCGCGAGAGCAGCUGGCAUCUUUGGAGACGCAAUUGGAGUUAGAGCAGGGGAGGGCAUCAGGCCUGCAGCACGCGGUUGAUUCGCUGCGGCAGCAGCUGAAGGAAGCUGAGCAGGCACUGGCGCGGGAGAAGGGAAAGGCGAGGAGCCAGACAGACGCGCUGGCUGCUCAGCUGCAUGAGCACCAUUGCUUGGCGGCCGCCGCCACCGAGCAUGCCGCUGGACUGCGGCAGCAGCUCCUCGAGGAGCGGCGGCAGCUGGAGCUGGAGCAGCAGCAGCGCAGGGAGGUGGAAGCUCAGCUCGCUGAAGCUGAUGAGGUGGCGCGGGCCAGGGAGGGAGAGGUGGAGCAGCUUCGGGAGCAGGAGCAGCGAGAGACGGCUUCGUGGCUUCGGCAGGUGGAGGAGGCGGUGCAGGCGCGGCGUGAGCUGGAGCUGCGCAACGGCAGCCUGCGGCAGCAGGCACAGCGGGCGAGAGAGGAGGCGGCCGCCGCCGAGGCGCGAGCUGCAUCGGAGCGCCAGCAGCGGCAGCAGGCGGAGGAGGGCAGGGCCGCCCUGCUGGCCCAGCUGCGGGAGGCAGAUGGCCGCCUCGAGGCGCUGGAUGGCGACUGCCGCAGCCUGGUGGCGGCCCAGCAGCAGGCAGAGGAGGCCAGGUCGGCUGCGGAGGGUGUGAUGCGGGAGCAGGAGGCGGCGCUGGCGCAUCUGGAGCAGCGCCUGCACGACUUGUCUGAGCAGGCGGCGGGGCAGCAGGCGCUGCUGAGGGAGCGGGGCGAAGCGCUGGAGGAGCGGCAGGCGGCGGUGCGCCUGCUUGAGGCGGAGCAGCAGGAGGCGGCGGCGGCGGCCCACGACUGCCAGCAGGAGGCGGCCGCGCUGCGCCUGUCGCUGCGGCUGGAGGGCGGCGAGAAGGAGGAGGCUUUGGAGCAGCUGCAGGAGGUGCAAGCCGAGCUGGCAGGCCUGCGCCUCGACCACGGCGUGCUGGCGGCGCGCAUGCGGUGCAUCGAGGGCAGCGAGGAGGCGUGCCGGGCGCAGGAUCUGGGGCAGCUGGAGCAGCUGGUGGGGACCAUAGAGGCGGCGGUGCCCAAGCUCAGGAACAUCGUGACCGAGCGGCGCAUCGAGGCGGCCCGCAGCGAGCUGGAGGCCUCCGCCGCCAGCCAGCUGACCUGCGGCAUCUGCUGGGCCAGCCAGCGGGAUACCUUCCUCAACUGCGGCCACCUCAUCUGCAGGCAAGCUAGCGCUGCACGCCUUGCAUCGCUGGCAGGAAUAGAGCAGCACAAGGCGUGCAGCGAGCGCAUGUCGGCCUGCCCCGUCUGCCGAGUAGCCAUCGCCUCCAGGACGCGUGCAUUUGUGUGA